AUGGUGGGGAAGGGAGAUACAUCUGUUGCACUCGUAGUCGAGCUAGUAGCACGAAGAAGGAAACUUUAUAACUGGAUCCUCUGGUGGAGUUUCUUGAUAUUGGCAGUCCCCCGCAACUUUGGUAUGGCACCCCUCUCUGCUUUCCGUCCCCUUGGGUAUCCUUUAUCUGACGGAAGAGCCUGGAUAGGUUAG